AUGGCUGCGGAAUUACAGUAUAAAGCUGAGACCAAGAAUGGGAAACCUGUUCUAUACAAUAGAAUUACACCUGAAUCUGAGUGGGACGACAUAACACACACUAGACACAACCUUGACAAUUUGGAAUUCUACGACUUGAAUAUCAAGUUAACCAAAGUCUCCCAGUGUUCAACAGAGUUAUCCGGUCUAAUUUUCAGGAUAUUUCUGAACUUCCUCUGCUACCACUUGGAGAACGGUGACAAAUUGUUAUGGAAUUACCGUGCAGAUCCUUUUCACAGAAUACCUUUCCAAUUAUUCAAUCUCAAGAGAAACACUAUGAGAUUAGUGUUUAAAGAGAACACAAUGGAGAAUUUGAGUAUGGUGGGAUAUGUGAAUGACUGGGUUAAGCCUGGAAAAAUACUUCAAAAAACAAUCAAUGGGAAUAAGACAAUUGCGAUUGGAGACCAAAGAACAAUUAACAAUCUCAAUCAUUGGUUACUCACCUGUUUUCCCGUCUCUAAACCCUCACAACUGAUUCCAGAUGUCAAGAGUACUCAGUUACCUUCACAUAAUACACUGAUGCUAAUUACUAUACUUAAUAUACUACUGCUAAUUACUAUACAUAAUACACUGAUGCUAAUUACUAUACAUAAUAUACUAUAG